AUGACUAUUGAUAAUGCCUCCUCAAAUGAUUCCAUGAUUACCUACUUGAGAAGGAAGAUUAAGGGGUGGAAAGAGGUUGUUUUAGGUGGAGAAUUUCUUCAUGUUAGGUGUUGUGCCCAUAUAGUGAACCUGAUUGUCAAUGAAGGUUUAAAAUACCUACAUGAUUCCAUAGCUACCGUUCGUAACGCUGUGAGAUAUGUGAGGUCUUCUCCGGCUGGGUUGCUGAAAUUCAAGUCAUGUGUGGAGCGAGAGAAAAUUGAAUACAAAGGUCUCGUAUGCUUAGAUGUUCCUACUAGAUGGAACUCCACCCAUAUGAUGUUAGAUGCAGCUAUUAAGUUUCAAAAAGCUUUUGAAAGAUAUGAAGAGGAAGAUGACAAGUUUGUGUCUUAUUUUCAGGAAGAUGAGGGGGGGAAGCGGAAGAUUGGGCCGCCACUUGAUGAUGAUUGGAAGAAUGUUAAGGUGUUUGUGAAAUUUCUGAAGACUUUUUAUGAUAUAACUUUGAAGUUUAGUGCCACUUUGAAUGUCACUUCAAAUUAUUACUUUCAUGAGCUGUGUGAGAUGCAAAACCAGUUAUCUGAAUUAAGCAAACAAGAUGAUUCAAUGCUUUCAUCCAUGGCUGUGAGUAUGAAAAAGAAGUAUGACAAGUAUUGGGGGAGUGUUGAGAAUAUAAAUUGUCUUCUCUUUGUGGCUGUUGUACUUGAUCCUAGGUACAAAAUGGAUUAUUUGACAUAUUGUUUCUCUAUAGUGUAUGAUUCUUCCACUUCUGAAACAUUAGCAAAGAAUGUGAAGGAUACUAUGUACCGGCUGCAUGAGAUUUAUAGUGGGGACAGAGGUGAAUCUGUGGCCAAUGCAAGUAGUGGGGAGGCAGCAACAACAAGUACAACAGAGGCAAAAAUGACUCCAGAAGGAAAAGGGUGUUUGUGGAGCUCCUUUGUUAGGAAAAUGAAGGAGAAGAAUGUGAAUGAGUACAAAAAUGAUGUGGACAGAUACUUGACAGACCCUAUGGAGGAUCCAACUCGGUCAAAUUUUGAUGUUUUAGAAUGGUGGAAGAAUAAUGCAACUAAUUACAAGGUUCUCUCACUAGUUGCAAGAGACAUUCUUGCCAUUCAUGUUUCAACGGUAGCCUCAGAAUCUGCUUUUAGUACCGGAGGCCGCAUCCUCGAUCCCUUUAGGAGUUCAUUGAGCCCCAAGAUGGUGGAGGCAUUGAUUUGUACACAAAAUUAG